CUCUUUCCGUAUUUUAGUAGUUCUGAAUCGCUUCGACCUUCACGUACAAAAUGGCAACGCUUAUCCGCCAAACCCCACGGUUAUUAAGCCGUUCGGUCUUUUAUACUGCUGCCAGAGCAGGAUCUGGAGAGGCAAAGAAGGCAGAAGAUACUUAUCAAAAUGUUGACAAAGAAGUACCAACCAGUGUGGAAGGAUUUUAUGGAAAAAUAUACAACAAAGCAGCAAAAGGGAAAGAAUUGGAAGGGGAUAAAGUGCAGAAAGAAUUAGGUUACUUGACAGGAUUGCAUAGAGCUGAAAUGCUAGAAAGGUUGAAAGGUGUAAAAGACCCAUUUGAUUUAGGUGUACAUCAGAGAUUGGAAGAAAGUCAAGGAAGUUUAGAGAAUCCUAUUGUGGUUCCAACUACUUCAGGAGAAAGGCUUGUUGGAUGUGUCUGUGAGGAAGACAGUACAGAUGUGCGUUGGAUGAACAUCUACAGUGGACUGAAAAGGCAGUGUAACUGCGGGCACUGGUUCCAGUGUGUGCAAAUUCCUGGUGCACAUGACCAUUAAUAAAUUUACAGACAUUUCCAUAGUAAAAUUUUAUGACAUUGAUCGAGAGUUGAGACCAAUUCCUGUUUUUUGUUGCUUAAAAUAUAAAUAAUAUAAAAAAUGAAUGUGAAGUUCUACAUCCUUUUCUGGUAUAAAAAAUUAUCUAAGUUUAAAAGUAUUUUCAUCUUUUUUCUGUCUAUAUGAUAUGGUAAAAAUAUGUUGUGAACAAAAAUCACUAAUUAACUUUCAGAACUUAUUUCACCAGACUAUAUAAUUAGAAAACUUUUACCUGAAAUGCAUAGUGUGCACUUAACUUUUGUUGAUGUUAUUUUGUGAUUUAGAAAUGAAUGUGCAUUUUUAUUUUGUUUGAAUAGGAAUGUGCUGUAAAAACUAAUAAAUUUGAGUGAAAUAUAGAUAUGUGAUUUAAAAA